UGGUGUCCCCUUGUUGAAUCUGACCUACUUGAAAGAUGAUGACAAAAAGAUCAAACCUGCAUUUUAUGACCUCAGAGAUUACUCACUGGAUACUCCAUAUUCUGCCAGCACAAUCAGGUUUGGAAAAUUACAGUCAAACAGAAAUGCAACAAGACCAGAUGGGGUACCAGAACUGAGACUUGAAGAUGCAAGACCUGAAUCCUACAGGAGACCAGACAAGCAGCAGACAGUGUGGGAUAAAGACCCUGUCCCUGUGACAGUUUCCCAGCCGUCUGCAAGGUACAAGCAAAUGUACCAGCAGUACUCGGAUGAAAUGAAGCAGUCCUACAGAGAUCAUGUCAAUGCCAGCAAGCAGGAUCUUAAUGGUGAAAUAGAAGACAGUGUUCAACAUCAAAGUGAUGGCAUGCAUUCUAAAAACCCAACUUUGCAACGCUACACGGACAUGAAACAACUCAAGAAGAAGGAUGCUGAAGAAUUAUUGGAGAAAAAUAAAAAACUCAAGCUGGUUGAAACAGUCAUGAUAGAUCAGAUGUCAAGGGCAGUAAUAAGUGACACAGAACAAAAUGAGUUUCAAGCAAACAGACAUAAUUCUUCACAGAGAAGCAGAGUUACCAACAGACACUUGCAUGAUUCCAA